AUGAGUAGUUUUUUACCUGUUGGUCAGCAACAGGAACAAGAAUUGGAAGCAGUCAGAAAUCAGCUUUCUGCAAAUGACCCAAUUGCCUGGCCUACUGUUGAAAAUGAGCCAUUAAACGAAUAUCAGAUAUCUCACCUUGCCACUAUGGCUUUUCCAACAUUGUUUCCUGAUGGGAAAGGGGAUCCCACUAAUCAAGCCCUGUUAAGAGAUGUUCCUUUUCAAGAUAGAAUUAAACAUCUUUUGAAAUUUGCUGAAAUUAUUGAUGGUAAAUGGAUUUACCGUUUUGCAAAUCACCCUAGAUUUUCAUACUGGGCUUUUAAUAUGAUACAAAGAAAACGAAUUUUACAGCAAAGUGGAAUAUUCCUUAAACAAAAUCCAGGUGAAGCACAUCUCACCAUUGAUGAACUGCGUGAAAUGGCUGCCAGUAAUAGUGCUAAUGUGUUCAUGUCUAAAGUUUCUAGAUACGUUGCGAAUAUUGCAGAUAUGCAUUGGCCUGAGUUACAUGCCUUAUUUAAUGCUAAUAGUAAUAGUGAAAAUGCUGACAUUUCCAGUCAAAUUAGAAAGCUUUGUAAAACAUGGCUUUAUGAAACACUUGGAGCAAAAUGGCACUGGUUUAGAUAUGAAUACCAAGGUAGAGGUAGUAUUCAUUGUCAUGGUACUGCUAAACUAAAUAAUGACCCAGGUUUGUGUCAACUAACUCAAACUGCUUUGAAAGGUUUCUUAGCUCAAAAAUUUAAAGAUGAGAAUGAUUGUUCUGAUACAACAGAAUUAGACAAUGAUAUUGAAGCUGGUCAGGAAGCAGCUGAAACAGUGUGUAAGUAUGUUGACUGGUUAUUAUCAACUGUCAAUCCAAAUCCACCAGAUGAAAACAUCUGGGUAAGACCUGAAACUCAUCCAUGUCAAAGAAGUCAUAUUGACAUUCCUGAACAUGAGAAACAGUCAGAUUAUGUAGAUCUGUUAAAUAUGGUUCAACGACACACUCGUUGUAGUACUAGCUAUUGUCUAAGAAAAAAGUCAAAUGAGACUGAAUUGAAAUGUAGAUUUCAUUUCCCAUUUGAUAAUUGUCCACAGACAAAAUUAGAAUUUGAAAAAAUCCACACUUCAGGUGAUAAUGAACAUUAUAAGGCCAAAAUUGUGACUAAACGAAAUGAUUCUAGGUUAAAUAAUCACCAACAACUUCAACUCCAAGGAUGGAGAGCAAACUGUGAUAUUCAGGUUGUUAUCGAUCACUAUGCUUGUGUUGAAUAUCUCACAAAAUAUGCAGCUAAAGGAGAACCAAGGUCGCCUUUAUUGAAACAGGCUUUUAAUUCUAUUAUGCAAAAUGUUGACAGCAACACUGAUCCUCACAGAGCUGUUAAGAAAAUAGUUAUGAGAUCUCUUGGUGAACGAGAUUAUGCUGCUCAGGAAACAAUGCAUCAUUUGUUGUCUUUAAAACUUCAUAGCUCAUCGUUUAAAGUGAUAUCAGUUAGUUUAAAUGGUUCACGUAGAGUACGUGACACUGCAAGUAUUGAAGAACUUCAUGCACUGAUUACUCACUUCUUGAUGUGUACGCUAAUCGUGAGCAAUAUGACAGUUCACAAAAUAUUAUGA